AUGGACCAGAAACUGAAGAAAAGGGAAAAGACAUUUGGCCAGAAAGGCCUUGGUAGAAGAGCCGUCAGUGGGGACAAGUCACCGCCAGCCCCGCAGAAACCUCCUGACACGACGUGGACCUUAUGUGAUGAGGAAGUGUGCUAUGAGACUAGCUUUCGGGUUGUUGAAGAGGAUUCCUUCUCUGACUGUUACAUAGAAUGCAUAAUAAGAGGUGAGUUUUCUGAACCUAUCAUGGAAGAGGACUCACUUCUUAAGUCCUUUGACUGUCUGAAACAAGGAUCAGAAAAAGAGCUUUCUCAACAGGUUCUUACGGCAAGCUCACUUCUUGAACGUUCCUUGGAAUACAUGAAAAAGGGGGCAAAACAAGAACUUCCUCAACAGUUUGGUGGAGAGAAUUCACUUCUUGAGUCUUCUGAGUACAUGACAGGCAAGAAGCUUCCUCCUGGAGAAAUACCCAGCAUUGACUUUCCAGAUCCUAAACAGCUCACGGAAUGUACUAAAAUGAAGCCAAGUACAAAUAAAGAAUAUGCUCCAGAAAAAAUUGUUUGUCCUGAGAGUGGAUGCAUAAGAGAGUUCAAGAAUAGAGCAUCCCUGAGAAAGCAUCUCCGAGUUCAUAGUCCCCGAGAUCACGUAUGUGCAGAAUGUGGGAAAGCCUUCAAGGAGAGCGCAAAACUAAAAAGACAUUUUCUGGUUCAUACUGGAGAGAAGCCAUUUCCGUGUACUUUCGAAGGGUGCGGAAAACGUUUUUCCCUGUCCUUCAAUUUGCGUACACAUGUGCGCAUCCACACUGGGGAGAAACCUUUUGUAUGUCCCUUUGAAGGCUGUCUCAAGAAGUUUAUUCAGUCAAAUAACAUGAAAGCGCACCUCUUAACUCAUGCAAAGGCCGAAAUGAGUCAAUGA